AUGAUGCAAGGACUUAAUCACCACCACCACCAACAGCUCGCGGCGCUUCUCACGGCCGCGCUCCCUAAGGAUGACUCUUCAAAAUCAACUUCAACUUCUUUAUCUUCCCCCACCACAUCCGCCACCUCCGCCGCCGCCAAAUCUUCAGAAGAAGAAGAAUCUUCUCGACUCACCGCCAUCACUUCUCUCCACCGUGCCAUUCUAUACCCUCCUAACUCCCUUCUGGUCGCCCACUCCGCCUCUUUCCUUGCUCAAGGCUUCUCUCAACUCCUCUCUGACAAGUCAUAUUCAGUGCGUCAGGCUGCAACCACAGCAUAUGGGGCUUUGUGUUCUGUAUUGUGUUCGGUUCCUUCAAAUGGAAGGCAGAACCAUGUUAUACUCAACAGUUUCAUUGAUCGAUUCAUUGGUUGGGCAUUGCCUUCCCUUAGCAACAUCAAUGAUGGAACUGCAGAACUAGCAUUGGAUGGCCUUCAUGAGUUUCUCAGUGUUGGAGAUGUUGGAAUGCUUGAAAGAUAUGCAAUGCCAAUUCUCAAAGCUUGCCAAGAACUUCUCGAGGACGAGAGAACCUCCAUGAGUUUACUGAACAGGCUUCUUGGUGCGUUGACACUGAUUUCAUUGAAGUUUUUCAGAUGCUUCCAGCCGCAUUUUGUGGACAUUGUUGAUCUGCUUCUGGGGUGGGCAAUGGUACCAGAUAUUACAGAAUCUGAUAGGCGCAUCAUUAUAGAUAGUUUCUUGCAAUUUCAGAAACACUGGGUGAAUAAUAUGCAAUUUUCUUUGGGGCUGCUGUCAAAAUUUUUGGGUGACUUGGAUGUACUGCUUGUGGAUGGGAGCCCUGGUACUCCGCAACAGUUUAAAAGAUUACUUGCGUUGCUGUCUUGCUUUUGUACAGUUUUGCAGUCUGUGGCUUCUGGUUUGCUGGAAAUAAAUUUGCUCGAACAAAUAAUUGAACCUCUUUCCAAGAUGGUACCUGUUUUGUUAGGAUGCCUGUCUAUGGUUGGGAGGAAAUUUGGUUGGUCAAAAUGGAUAGAGGAUUCUUGGAGAUGCUUGACUUUGUUGGCAGAGAUUUUAAGUGAUGGAUUUUCUACCUUUUACCCUAUUGCAGUUGAUCUGUUGUUUCAAAGCUUGCAAGUGGAAAGUGCAAACCAACUACAGGGGACAAAGAGUAUUACUUCCUUCCAGGUUCAUGGUGUUCUCAAAACUAACCUUCAACUGCUAUCACUGCAAAAGCUCGGCCUUCUACCAUCAUCGGUACAAAAAGUAUUACGAUUUGAUGGGCCCGUAUCUCAGCUGCGUCUGCAUCCAAAUCACUUAGUGACUGGAAGUGCUGCAGCUACGUAUAUCUUUUUACUUCAACAUGACAAAAUGGAUGUAGUUGAAAAUGCAAUUGAUUCCUUGAUUGAAGAGCUAAAGUUAUUGAAGGGAAUGCUUGGAAAAAAAUUAAAGGAGGAUGAGCUUGAUACAUUUAUAAGUCCUAAAUCUUAUUCGAAAUGUGAGUUGGUUUCGAUGGUCAAAUUUGACUUGAAAGUACUGUUAAGCUGUAUUUCUUUGGGUGGAGGCAUUAGGUUAAUUGGAAGAGAAAAAAUUGGGGCUUUGUAUGUUUGUAGGGCAGAAAAAUUAGCAACUUCUAUUAUCGAAACGUUGGAUCCAUUUCACCUACCCAUCAAAAGUUGUGUAGAUAUGCAAGUUGCUGUUUUUAAAACGUUGGAAACACUUACAACGGUUGAGUUUUUAAGCAAGUGCUCCAUAAAGGAACAGGAUAGUGAGAGGGGUUCACUGCAGAUAGCAUCCCAUAAACGUGCAGAGGGUGAAAAUGCAGGAGAUGUACUAGCAGCGACUGUUUUUGGACAUCUGAGGAGGUACACUGCUCUACUUGUCAAAGCUCUCGACACUUCUUCUCCUCUGGGAGUCAAAAUAGCUGCCCUAGAAUGGAUAUAUAAAUUUUCUGAAAAUGUCAUCAACACAUAUAAAAAUAUAAGUACAUCAUUUUACCCUUGCCAAGCAUUCGGAUGCAUCAAAAUCAUCCAGGAUUUGGUGUUCUCAACUUUGGCUGCUGCAUCAGAUAGGGAACCAAGAGUGAGAUCUCAUGUGGCAUCAGUUCUUGAGAUGCUUCUGCAAGCAAAAGUUAUCCAUCCAAUGCAUUUUUCCAUUAUUGCAGAAACGAUCCUCGAAAAGCUCGGAGAUCCGGAUAAUAACAUAAAGAAUGUGUAUCUGAAGUUGCUUUCACACGUGCUGCCUAUUACGACAUACACAUGUGGUCUUUGUGAUUAUGGAGCGGCUAUGACAUCUGGGCUGCAAGUUCUUACGUUUUCCAACAGGUCUAAUUUGCACUGGAAGCAAGUUUUUGCCCUUAAGCAAUUGCCUCAGCAACUUCACUCUCAGCAACUUGUUUCCAUAUUGAGUUAUAUUUCACAGAGAUGGAAAGUGCCUCUUUCUUCUUGGAUCGAGCGGCUCAUUCAUACUUGCCAGAGCAAAAGGGACCUCGCAUCCACUUGGUAUGAGGAAACAAGAAAUGCCGAUGCAAACGGUUUAUGGUUGGACGUUGGAGUGGAGGAAGAUAUUCUUGAAAAGAUUUGCUCAGUUAAUAUCCUUGCUGGUGCAUGGUGGGCUAUACAUGAAGCAGCUAGGUUUUGUAUUAAUACGCGACUUCGGACUAAUCUUGGUGGGCCAACACAAACUUUUGCUGCAUUGGAGCGCAUGCUUCUUGACAUUGAUCACGUGCUACAGUUGGAUGAAGACCAAAAUGAUGGAAAUUUAAAUGUCAUAGGUUCGUAUGCUCACUUAUUGCCAAUGAGAUUAUUACUGGAAUUUGUCGAGGCCCUGAAGAAAAAUGUGUAUAAUGCGUAUGAAGGAUCAACAGUAUUACAGUGUGCUUCCCGGCAAAGCUCUUUAUUUUUUCGGGCAAAUAAAAAAGUUUGUGAAGAGUGGUUUUCUCGAAUAUGUGACCCAAUGAUGAAUGCUGGAUUGGCACUUCAGUCUCAUGAUGCUACGAUUCAUUACUGCACCUCACGCCUGCAGGAUCUCAGGAACCUUGUGGCUUCGGCAAUGACGGAGAAGUCAAGAGUCCAUCUGACAGAAAAUCUCCAUAACAUCAGAGGAAGAUAUGCUGGAGAUAUAUUGAGGAUCUUGCAACACAUGGCUUUGGCUUUGUGUAAGAAUUAUGAACCAGAGGCAUUAGUUGGUUUAGAGAAAUGGGCAACCAUGGCUUUUUCUCCCUUGUUUACAGAGGAAAACCCAUGUCCAAGUGAUGGCAAGAACUCAGGAUUUUUUGCCUGGAUUUCUGGGCUUGUAUAUCAGGCAGGAGGCCAGCAUGAGAAAGCUGCUGCUCACUUUAUUCAUUUGUUACAGACUGAAGAAUCACUUACUUCUAUGGGUUCUGAUGGUGUGCAGUUUGCCAUUGCUCGUAUUAUCGAGAAUUAUACAGCUGUUUCUGAUUGGAAGUCUUUGGAAUCCUGGCUAUUAGAGUUGCAAACAAUUCGUGCGAAGCAUGCUGGAAAGAGUUACACGGGUGCUCUUACCACUGCUGGGAAUGAAAUAAAUUCAAUUCAAGCCUUGGCUUGCUUUGAUGAGGGAGAGUACCAGGCCGCAUGGGCAUGCCUCGAUUUGACUCCUAAAAGUAGCAAUGAACUCACACUUGAUCCGAAGUUGGCAUUGCAGAGGAGUGAGCAAAUGCUUUUGCAGGCAAUGCUUCUACAAACGGAGGGAAAGAUGGACAAGGUGCCCCAUGAGUUGCAGAAGGCCAAGUCAAUGCUGGAGGAGACAUUGUCUGUGUUGCCACUUGAUGGAUUGGUGGAGGCAGCACCACAUGUCAAUCAGUUACACUGCAUCUCUGAAUUCGAGGGAAGUUGCAAACUUGGAAGCAGCAACAGUGAGCCCUCCCAGUCAUUAUUAAGUUCAUAUAUCCAAACGGGCAAGUUCAGAUGUAACCGAGUACAUCAGGAUUGCAAUCUGUGGCUAAAAGUUCUGCGAGUUCGUCAAAACACACUCCCAACUGCACUAGGGACUCUUGAACUUUGUAAGAAUUUAUCGAGCUUAGCCCGCAAGCAAAGCAAUCUUAUGUUGGCAACUCGUCUGAACAACUAUCUCAAAGUUCACGUGUCAAGUUGUUCUGAUGAAAGUUCUCGUGAUUAUAUGAUUUCUAGUUUGCGUUAUGAGAACAUUCUAUUCAUGCAUUCAGAAAACAAGCUUGAAGAUGCAUUGGUGAAUCUUUGGUCAUUUGUGCAUCCUUGUAUAGAUAAUUCUUCAGUGGAAAGGUCUAACUCUCGGGACAGUUUUUUAAAGGCCAAGGCUUGCUUGAAACUUGCAAAUUGGUUGCAGGGAGACUGUUCUGGUAAAAAGUUCGAGGAUGCUGUUGUUAAGAUGCUAACAGACUUCAAUUUCACCGAUGAAUCUCCAGUCAAAGAGGCAUUUUCCUUCUGUGAUCGUAAUCUAAGCUCAGAUGUAAAUCUUAUAGUAGAUGAACUUGUAGGUACUCUUAAAAAGAUGUCUACUCGUCUUUGCCCCAUGAUGGGAAAGUCGUGGAUUUCAUACGCCUCUUGGUGUUAUGCUCAAGCUGUAGCAUCCGUCUCCUCCAAUCAUGAGUCUGCCUUGCAUUCUUGUUCCUUUUCUCCCAUUCUUGCUACUGAAAUACAGCCAAAUAGAUUUAGGUUAACUGAAGAAGAGCAGUUUCAUAUUAAGGACAUCAUUAAUAAGCUUGUUCAAGAAGGAUCCGACUUGAAAGAGAGAAAUGAAGAAGCAGGAACUUGUAGUCUUGCUGGAUAUGCUGAAAAUAUGAAAGAUCUGAAUCCUUUGUUGCAUCAAAUAGUAGAUGCUAUUGAGUCUACAGCCGGAGCACCUGGAAUCCAGGACUGCAGUAGCAUUAGCUUGUCUGCUAUGCUAUCUUCUCAGUUACACAAAUGCUUAGUGUCUACUAAUGUUUCCCUGGACGAAGCUGAAGUAUUAUCUAUGGUAGAUGACUUGGUUGAGGUUUGGUGGUCUUUUAGGAGGAGAAGGGUUUCUCUCUUUGGUCAUGCGGCUCAAGCUUUCAUUAAUUAUCUAUCACAUUCCUCUCUGAAUAUUAUUGAUGGUCAAUUAACUGGGUGCAAUGUUGACUCCCAGUAUAAAUCUGUGAGUUACACCCUGAGGGCCACACUCUAUGUCCUGCACAUUCUGCUCAACUAUGGGGUUGAGUUAAAAGAUACACUUGAACCUGGUCUUUCAAUAGUUCCUUUACUACCCUGGCAGGAAAUAAUUCCUCAACUGUUUGCUCGAUUGAGUGCUCAUCCUGAACAGGUGGUUAGGAAGCAGUUGGAGAGUUUGCUAGUCAUGCUAGCAAAGCUAUUUCCUUGGUCUAUAGUCUACCCUACCCUUGUCGAUGCAAAUGCUUAUGGAAAGAAAUCUUCUGAAGAGAUUCUGACAAUUCUGGCUUAUUUGAAUAAGCUUUAUCCAAGGUUAGUACAAGAUGCUCAGCUGAUGAUUAAAGAGCUUGAAAAUGUAACUGUACUUUGGGAGGAAUUGUGGCUGAGCACACUUCAAGAUCUUCAUGCAGAUGUUAUGAGGCGCAUAAAUUUGCUGAAAGAGGAGGCUGCACGAAUUGCAGAGAGUACAACUCUUAGUCCCGGAGAGAAAAACAAGAUAAAUGCUGCAAAAUACUCUGCUAUGAUGGCUCCCAUCAUUGUGGUCUUAGAGCGUCGUUUAGCUUCUACUUCUCGGAAGCCUGAAACACCUCAUGAGAUGUGGUUCCUUGAGGAGUACCAGGACCAAAUCAAAACAGCUGUCACAAAAUUUAAGACUCCUCCUGCAUCAGCUGUGAUGCUAGGGGAUGUGUGGCGACCAUUUGAGAAUGUUGCUGCUUCCUUGGCAUCUCAUCAAAGGAAGUCAUCAAUAACUUUAGGAGAAGUUGCCCCUCAUUUGGCUUGGAUGUCAACAUCUGAUGCUCCAAUGCCAGGUCUUGAGAAGCAAAUUACAAUGUCUGAAUCAGAAAGAGACUUAAAUACUGCUCCCCAGGAAAUUGUGACAAUUGCUUCUUUCUCUGAACAAGUAGCGAUUUUAUCAACCAAGACCAAACCCAAAAAACUUGUUAUAAUGGGCUCUGAUGGUCAGAAGUAUACAUAUCUCUUGAAAGGACGAGAGGACUUGCGUCUUGAUGCCAGAAUUAUGCAGCUAUUGCAAGCUGUAAAUGGUUUUCUUCAUUCAUCUUCUGCAACUCGUAGUCGGUCACUUGGCAUUCGUCAUUACUCUGUGACACCAAUUAGCGGACGAGCUGGCCUGAUCCGAUGGGUGGAUAAUGUCAUUAGCAUUUAUAGUGUGUUUAAAUCAUGGCAGAACCGAGUCCAGUUAGCACAGAUUUCUGCAUUGAGUGGUGAUACAAAAAAUAUGGUUCCUCCACCUGUGCCCCGGCCCAGUGACAUGUUUUAUGGUAAAAUCAUACCUGCACUCAAAGAGAAAGGCAUUAGAAGAGUAAUAUCGAGAAGAGACUGGCCUCAUGAUGUCAAGCGAAAAGUACUUUGGGAUCUCAUGAAGGAGGCUCCUAAGCAACUUCUUCAUCAGGAGCUUUGGUGUGCCAGUGAAGGUUUCAAAGCCUUCAGCUCAAAAUUGAAAAGGUAUUCUGGGAGUCUGGCAGCCAUGAGCAUUGUUGGUCAUAUUCUGGGUCUAGGUGAUAGACAUUUGGAUAAUAUCCUCAUAGAUUUUUGUAGUGGGGAUAUUGUCCAUAUUGAUUACAAUGUGUGCUUUGACAAAGGACAGAGAUUAAAGAUUCCUGAAAUUGUACCCUUUCGCCUUACCCAGACAAUUGAAGCUGCAUUAGGGUUGACUGGUGUGGAAGGUACCUUUAGGGCAAAUUGUGAAGCUGUUUUAGGUGUUCUGAAGAAGAAUAAGGAUAUUGUGUUGAUGUUGCUAGAGGUUUUUGUUUGGGAUCCACUUGUGGAAUGGACACGUGCGAACUUUCAUGAUGAUGCGGCUAUUGUUGGUGAAGAAAGAAAAGGCAUGGAGCUUGCUGUUAGCUUAAGUCUAUUUGCAUCUCGUGUCCAAGAAAUUCGUGUUCCAUUGCAGGAACAUCAUGAUCUUUUACUGGCUACCUUACCAGCUGUUGAGUCGACCCUUGAGAGGUUUGCUGACAUUCUGAAUCAGUACGAGGUUGUCUCCAGUCUAUUUUAUCAUGCGGACCAAGAGAGAUCUAACCUUCUUUUGCAUAAGACAUCUGCAAAAUCAAUGGUUGCCGAAGCAACUUGUAAUUCAGAGAAAAGUCGUGCCUUGUUUGAACUGCAGGCUCGAGAAUUCAGUCAAGCACAGGCUAUGAUAGUGGAGAAAGGGCGAGAGGCUUCAACUUGGAUUGAGCAGCAUGGAAGGAUUCUUGAUGCUUUAAGAAGUAGUUCAAUUCCUGAAAUUAAAGCAUGUAUAAAGCUGACUGGUUCGGAAGAAGCUUUAUCACUGACUUUUGCAGUUCUAGUGGCUGGGGUUCCAUUGACUGUUGUUCCUGAACCCACACAAGUUCAUUGCCACGACAUUGAUAGGGAAGUUUCUCAUUUAGUAGCUGAGCUGGAUUCUGGGCUUUCUUCAGCGGUUGCAGCACUCCAAUUGUAUUCUUUGGCUCUGCAGCGGAUCCUUUCAUUAAAUUACAUUACAACCAGUCCAGUACAUGGUUGGGAACAGAUUUUACUUUCUCUGAAUGCACUCUCGUCAGAUGUUAUAUCGGUUGCUCGGAGGCAGGGAGCUGAGCUCAUCAUGAAUGGACACAGAGAUGGAUAUAGUUCUAUUAAGAGCAGUUAUGAUGAUCUUUGUCUUAAGGUAGCAAAGUAUGCAGGAGAUAUAGAGAGAUUGGAAGAAGAGCGAGCAGAACUUGUGAACUCUAUUGGUACAGAUACUGAAGUGAAAUCCAAGGAACGUCUUCUAUCUGCUUUCAUGGACUAUGCACAGCACGCUAGUCUCAAUAGGAGAGGCAAUAGUUUGGGUUUGGGACCAGUGAUACAUGGAGAACCAUCAGACACUGCCUUGCACGGGGAGAUUGAAGAAAAGAAAGAAAGGGUUCUAAUUGUAUUAGAUACAGCCACAAGCAAUUUGCUCCAUGAUGUUAAGCACCUAGUGAAUAAAGGCCUGAAUCAUUUUCCAGGGGAAAGAAAUACAGACAAAGGGCCAUUAUCUGAUCUGGGAUCGUUUUUCAAUGAGCUCGAAGAACAUAUAGAAAAAUGUGUCCUUGUAACUGAGUUUCUCAAUGAGCUAAAGCAGAGUGUUGGACAGGAUAGCUGUGUCAUUGAGGCAGAUGCACUUAGUUUAAAUUAUGCAUCCCAACUGAACUGGGCUUCUAUUUUUAAAACCACUCUUCUUUACUGUAAAAACCUUGUUUGGCAAAUGAUCGAAGUCGUUCUACCUAGUGUGAUAAAAUCUGUAAUUUCAUUUAAUUCAGAAGUUAUGGAUGUUUUUGGAUCAGUCUCCCAAAUUCGGGGAUCGAUAGAUACAGCACUGGAGCAGCUUAUCGAGGUUGAACUAGAGAGGGCUUCUCUGAUUGAACUUGAGCAGAACUACUUUGCAAAAGUUGGUCUCAUCACUGAGCAACAGUUGGCUCUUGAAGAAGCUGCUGUCAAGGGCAGAGACCAUUUAUCUUGGGAAGAGGCUGAGGAACUAGCCUCUCAAGAAGAAGCUUGCAGAGAGCAGCUGGAUAAACUUCAUCAGAUGUGGAGCCAGAAAGACCUGCGAACUUCAUCUCUUUUAAAGAAAGAAGCAAGUAUUAAUAGCACUUUAGCCUCUUCUGAACUGCAAUUGCAAUCUCUAAUUGCUGCUGAGCCAGAAACAGAGCCACAUAUUUUUAGAAGCAAAGCACUCUUGGUAGCACUAGUUCAACCGUUUUCCGAGUUGGAAUCUGUUGAUCGAGCACUGACUUCAUUUUCUAGACCUGUUUCAUGCAGUUCAAGUGGAAUUUCUCACCUUGCAGACUUGAUGAGUUCAGGAUGCCCAAUAUCUGAGUAUAUAUGGAAGUUUCCAGGCAUACUAUGCAGUCAUGCCUUUUUUAUUUGGAAAGUCUCUAUUGUUGAUCUAUUGCUUGAUUCCUGCACACAUGAUGUCGAUGCAUCUUUUGAUCAAAAUUUAGGAUUUGACCAACUGGUGAAUGUAGUGAAGACAAAGGUUAAAAUUCAACUUCAGGAGUAUAUCGGACAAUACUUGAAAGAUCGAGUUGCUCCAAUUCUGUUGACAAGGUUAGACAGAGAAAUAGAGAUUCUGAGGCAAAAAGCAGAGGCAACAAAGGAUGUAGACUUUGGUCCAACGAAGACAGAUUUUGGCGCUGUUAAAGAAGUGCAACUUAUGCUUGAAGAGUACUGCAAUGCACAUGAAACUGUCAGGGCAGCAAAAUCGGCAGCUUCUGUCAUGAAAAGGCAGGUGAAUGAACUUAAGGAGGCUCUUCUCAAGACCAGCUUGGAAAUUGUGCAGAUGGAAUGGAUUCACGAUAUCACAUUGAGCCCCUCACAAAAUACCAAGUUGAUCUCUCUUAAAAUUCUUGCAGAUGAUGACCUGCUUAAAGUUAUUUUAAACAUUAACAGACCAAAAUUGCUAGAAAAUAUACAAUCUUCAAUUGCAAAAAUAGCUAAAUCAUUGGAGUGCUUGCAAUCUUGUGAGCAAACUUCUAUCACAGCAGAAGGGCAGCUUGAGAGAGCUAUGAGCUGGGCUUGUGGUGGUCCUAAUUCCAUGUCAAAUAUGUCAGCCAGAAAUUCAGGAAUACCUCACGAAUUUCAUGAUCAUUUGGCAAGGCGGCGACAAUUGUUGCAGGAAGCUCAAGAAAAUGUAUCUGACAUAAUGAAAGUUUGCACCUCCAUAUUGGAGUUUGAAGCUUCACGAGAUGGUACUUUUAGGACCUCGGGAGAACUUCAUCCAUUAAGGACUAGUGCAGAUGCCGGGAUGUGGCAGCAAGCUUACUUGAAUGGAUUAACAAAAUUGGAUGUUACUUAUCACUCCUUUACACGUGCUGAACAAGAAUGGAAGCUUGCACAAAGCAACAUGGAAGCUGCCUCUAGUGUUUUAGUUUCUGCAACAAAUGAACUUCGCAUGGCUUCUGAUAAAGCAAAGUCCGCAUCAGGUGAUUUGCAAACCACUCUUCUUGCAAUGAAGAACUCUGCCUAUGAAGCCAGUGUUGCACUAUCGGCUUUUGGCGGAAUUAUUAGAGGCCACAGUGCUUUGACUUCUGAGUGUGGUUCCAUGCUCGAGGAGGUCUUGGCUAUCACAGAAGAUCUGCAUGAUGUUCACAGUUUGGGAAAAGAGGCUAGCUCAUUACACUUCUCUCUUAUGGAAGAUCUUUCAAAGGCUAAUUCAGUCCUGCUACCUCUGGAGUCUGUAUUAUCAAAGGAUGUUGCUGCUAUGAAUGAUGCGAUGCCUCGGGAAAAUGAGACAAAAAUGGAGAUAUCCCCCAUUCAUGGUCAGGCCAUAUUCCAGUCUUACUGUAUGAGGAUAAAGGAAGCUGUUCAAGUGUUCAAUCCUUUGGUUCCAUCUCUCAUGUUGUCUGUUAAAGGCCUUUUCUCAAUCCUGACUGGGCUAGCAAGGGCUGCAAGUCUUCAUGCUGGCAAUCUUCAUAAAGCUUUUGAAGGAUUAGGGGAGAGCCAGGAAGUAAGUUCACAGGAUAUUGAUUCAUCAAAGGCAGAUCUUGCUGGUCAUGACACUGUGUACGAUACUGAGGAGAGUGAGAUGUUCUACAAACCUGAUGGUGAAAAUUAUAUAGAUUCAGUUGGUUUGGAUGGGGCGCCUUUGACAGAUAAAGGAUGGAUAUCUCCACCUGAGAGCAUCAGUGGUUGCAGCACAGAGUCCGGGGUUACAUCAGCUGAGGCAAGUAUUGCAGAUAGCUUGAGUUGUCUAGACUUGAAGGAGCACCUUUCUGGUGACUCUGAUAACAAUGAGAACAGGGAUUUACCACACUACCUUGCAUCUUAUGGAUCCGAUGCACAUGGAUCACCACUUGAGGAGACAGACCCAAAAAUCAUGCAGGAAAUCUCCAAUGUGAGUUGUGUCCUUAAAGAUGAGGCAUCUUUGUUGAACCAUGACAAGGUCGAGGACGGAUCUCUUGAAACAUUGAUUAACACAGAAUCUGGUGGUCGAACAAUUGGGGGUAGAAAUGCUUAUGCAAUGUCAAUUUUAAGACGUGUAGAGAUGAAACUAGAUGGUCAAGAUAUAGUUGAUAACAGAGAAAUUAGCAUUGCGGAGCAAGUGGAUUUUCUGAUCAGGCAAGCAACAAAUAUAGACAAUCUUUGCAAUAUGUAUGAAGGUUGGACUCCUUGGAUUUGA